UCAUUUAAGCUGAAUUUCAUUUGCACGAGCUUUACUCGUUUUUAAACAAGAGGGCGGGUACCUGAGCCUCUCAAAACAACAGUCCCUUGAACGGAGAGACGCAGAAAGAGACCAAAACAAAAGGAGAGAAUUUCAUCUCAAAGGCAAUAGGAAAUGGCAGAAACUGAGGAUAUUCAGCCUCUUGUCUGUGAUAAUGGAACUGGGAUGGUCAAGGCUGGAUUUGCUGGAGAUGAUGCUCCAAGAGCCGUGUUCCCUAGUAUUGUAGGUCGCCCACGUCACACUGGUGUGAUGGUUGGUAUGGGCCAAAAGGAUGCCUAUGUCGGGGAUGAGGCCCAGUCUAAGAGAGGUAUUCUGACUUUGAAAUACCCAAUUGAGCAUGGGAUUGUUAGCAAUUGGGAUGACAUGGAGAAGAUCUGGCAUCACACCUUCUACAAUGAGCUUCGUGUGGCUCCAGAAGAGCAUCCAGUUCUCCUCACAGAGGCGCCUCUCAACCCCAAGGCCAAUCGUGAGAAAAUGACUCAGAUUAUGUUUGAGACCUUCAAUACUCCAGCAAUGUAUGUUGCCAUUCAGGCCGUCCUUUCCCUUUAUGCCAGCGGUCGUACAACCGGUAUUGUUCUGGACUCAGGGGAUGGUGUGAGUCACACAGUUCCUAUCUAUGAGGGCUAUGCCCUCCCACAUGCCAUCCUGCGGUUGGACUUGGCAGGCCGUGAUCUCACAGAUGCCCUUAUGAAAAUCUUGACCGAGCGUGGUUACUCAUUCACCACUACUGCUGAGCGGGAAAUUGUAAGGGACAUGAAGGAGAAGCUAGCCUAUAUUGCUCUUGACUAUGAACAAGAGCUUGAGACAGCAAAGACCAGCUCAGCAGUGGAGAAAAGCUAUGAGCUACCUGAUGGGCAGGUGAUCACCAUCGGUGCUGAAAGAUUCCGCUGUCCUGAAGUACUCUUCCAGCCAUCCAUGAUCGGAAUGGAGGCUGCUGGCAUCCAUGAAACCACAUACAAUUCUAUCAUGAAGUGUGACGUUGAUAUUAGGAAGGAUCUUUAUGGCAAUAUUGUCCUCAGUGGUGGUUCCACCAUGUUCCCGGGCAUUGCUGAUAGGAUGAGCAAGGAGAUUACAGCAUUAGCUCCAAGUAGCAUGAAAAUUAAAGUGGUGGCACCACCAGAGAGGAAGUACAGUGUCUGGAUUGGAGGCUCCAUCUUGGCAUCUCUCAGCACCUUCCAACAGAUGUGGAUUGCAAAGGCAGAGUAUGACGAAUCUGGGCCAUCAAUUGUUCACAGGAAAUGCUUUUGAUCAUGCAAAGAAAGAGGUGGGCAAAGACAUUAUACGAUACAUUUUGGGUUACAGAGAGGCUUCCAAUCAAGUGGUUGCAGACUUCCCUAUUUUUAUUUCUUUCCUAUUUCCCAUUCAUGUUUGUUUCUCUAUGUUUUUUCUUUUGUUAUCCUGGAGCGGUGAACAUGGAGACAAGCAAAUUAAGUUUAAGAUUCAAUUUUUUUCGUAACUACUUCGUGGUAGAAGGGUUGUGUAUUGUUACUGAUUCGAUUUGGGGUGAAGCAGAAAUUCUUUUUUGUUAUAAUUUAUUUUAAGGUUAUUUUGAUUAA